AUGGCUUUGGCUAAUACCAACCUCCCGAGCUUUCGGGUGCUCUUCUCGAGCCGCGCGGACUGGCUCGCGGAACUUGCCGUUCUCGCACCUGUGGAGCCCUUCAGCGCUCAGAGCGGCUGCCGCUUCUCCCCCGGCCGCUUCUCCCUCUGCCUCUUCUUGUACCCCGGCCGCGUCUUCUACUUUGGCUGCUUCUACCCCGGCUGCUUCUACCCCGGCUGCUCCUACCCCGGCCGCUUCUCCCUCGGUCGCUUCUCCCUCGGCCUCUUCUCCUUCGGCCUCUUCUCCUUCGGCCUCUUCUCCUUCGGCCUCUUCUCCUUCGGCCUCUUCUCCUUCGGCCCCUUCUCCUUGGGCCUCUUCUCCUUCGGCCCCUUCUCCCCAGGUCUCUCCUCCCCCGGCCCACGCAAGUCCGCAGAGGGCUGGAUGUCGCCGUUUCAGGGCGGAUGGGUGGGAGAGCCCGCCAAGGAAGAGACUGACAAUUACCCAAUUCGGGAUUGCUCACCCGCGAGUCCGGCCGACAGUAACAUCUCGAUCGCCGAUGCGUCCCCACCUAGCCCUAGCGAUAUGUCAAUGCAGGAUGCUCCUUCUCCGGACAAUGACAUCCAGAUGCAGGAUGGCUCUUCCCCUGGGAGUCACAUGUCCAUUGAUGAUGUCCCAUCCCCUGCUGCUUCCUUGCUGCAAAGCUCCCCUGCUGCUUCCUCGCUGCAAAGCGAGAUUUCAAUGACCGACUGCGCGGCCCAUCAAAUCGACAGUCAGGAUGUGGAGAUGUCACGUACGCCAACCCCUCCGCAACAAGAGAAGCCCGUCGUCGCCAGUGUUCUUCCGAGACGUCCUUCUCCCGUCGUUGCUGGCCCGUCUACCACCAAGGAGGUCGUACCAUCUGUGGUGGCGGCCCCUGGCCAGGGCGUUGCCGGCUACCAGGACAUGGCAGCCCCAGUUGAAAGCACGGACGCCAAGAACAAGGGCAACGGCAAGGGCAAGGAGAGGGACCCUGGGGACGACACGAUGGCGGAUGGACCAUCGACCAACGCCAAUAAGGACGGGCAGGCAAGCACUUCGGCCUCCCAGGAAAUGUCUACCAGCAGCGAGCAACAGGCUGCGUGGUAUGGGCAGCUUGAGGGUGCAAUCUCUCAAGCUGCCAACCAUUUCCUGAUGGAGGCCCACGACGAUGGCCAUCUCACAGAUCACUCUCUCAAGAGGAUCAGAGAGGAUCGUCGUGCCAGAAGGUUGCCUGCCCUGACCGACUUCCGCUACGACCAGCUUGGCCAGUACCAGUUGGUGUUCGACAAUUUCAGCAAGCUGUACGGAAGCUUCGGCCGUACCACUGUUGGUUCGGGUUUCGUCCUGGCUGCCUGGCGCAAGCUAGGCACAGAGAUUUGUGCCAGGAACUUCGCCAAUUCCGAUAGAGUGGUAAAGCAGCAUGUUGACGAUGCUGUGAAGAUUCUUGCCUUGCUGAGAGCAGAGAAGUCGGCGAUCAGGUCGAUCUCCGAGCUCCGCGACAGCGUUCGAGAAGUCCUGGAGAAAGGCGGUGGUUCGUAA